AUGAGGAUGAGAGUGGCUGUGCUGGUGCUUGUUGUUUCUGUCAGUCUGACUGAAGCAGGAUGUGUGUCUACAAGUCAUCCACACUGUUACAAAAAGUCAACUAGGCCAGAAGAGGACUUCAUUUGUGAAUGGGAUGAGAGAAACCCUGAGAAGAGUCAAACACACACUCUUCAUAUAUGGGACAGUGAAAAGAAACAAUUUCUUACACAUAUGAACUGUGGCAAACAAGCACAGACAAACAUUCUCUUGGAGCAACUAGGAAUCACCAACAGAAAGACAGACAUAUGGGUACAGACACAAGUCGGCAACCUCACCUGUAAUUCUAGCAAAAUCUCAGUCAUCCUUGAAUGCAUGGUCAAAUACAGUAAGCCUCAGAUUCUCAGAAUGAAAAGGUUAGCUGGAAUCCUGAAAUUCACACUGGACAAACCCAAGGAUAACAAAGGUGCUAAAUAUGAGAUCAGAUGGAGGGAGAGAGGCUCUGAAUGGCAGAAUGCAACAUUUGAAACUAAGGACAGCACCGAAGAUUUCUACAUGCUACAUCUACAGUACACGAAAAUCUACCAGAUCCAACUGAGGCGGCAGGCCAAACUGCAGUCAAGUCUAUGUGAAAACUCACUACAUGCUCUCUGGAGUGACUGGAGCCUAAUGGUGGAUGUUCCCUCAGAAAUCAGGCGCACACCUGUAAUACGCUGGGUGGUAAACAACCUGACAAAUGGUACCAGAGAUAUUACUCUCUCCUGGGAUGUAAGUAUGAAAGGAACAGAGCACACCAGAAAUGCCCCACCUGAUAAUGAGUCUGUAGGGGGUGUGAAGUACAAUCUGACCCUCUCAGUUUGGCCUUGUACAAAAAAACAAAAGGGAAUGGACCAUUUAACUGUGAAUCAAACAUAUAAUACAUCAAUAACUUAUUCAGAAGCCAGGAUUUCCAUUUUUGCAACUAACAAUGUUGGAAGUUCACCACAAAAGCAGAUCAUCAUUCCUGCUGUGAAACAUCUGAACUACUGCGACUCUCACAUGUCCUCAAACGUCAACAAGGCUAUGAAAACUUGCUUAGAAUGGUACAAACUGGAAGACGGUGAGACUCGACCAAGGACAGUAAACAAAUCACCCAAAAAAUCAUUCCAGGACAUUAAAAAUGAGGUGGAGAAUUUCGUACGUCAUUAUUACUUUCUUCACACCAUGAAAAAGAACCAUUAUAAAACUGCUGUUAUGUGUCCUUUUUACUCAAAACAGAGAGCACCUAUUAAUGGUCCGGCCAAUGUGAAUAUUUCUGAUGUGACACAUGAAUCAGCUGUGGUAAGUUGGUUUUCCAUUCCUGUGGUGGAGCAGCGAGGAUUUCUACAGCAUUAUGUCAUUUGGAUAUCUGGACAGGGAAACACGAAGUUCCACAAAGUCUCAGCACAUAAAACCAGCUUCCUGAUCAAGGGCCUCCACCCAGGCGCCUCUUACACCAUAUCUAUAGCCGGAAGGACAGAAGCUGGUACUGGGCCGAACUCAACGGUGAACUUUGAAACACACUCCAAAGAAAUGGGCUUAUCAUGGCAGGACCACACCAUCCUGAUCAUCUGUGUUGUUGCCCUCUUGUGUACUAUAAUCUGCUCCGUAGCUGUCAGGAGACUGAAGCUGUUACCUGAGGUACCCAGUCCUGUGUUAGAUACAAUAGAAUUCAGAUGUCCGGAAGAGCAGGACCUGAGCCAGAUGAUGGAGGAGGUGCAUGAAUUCGUUCUCUUGCUACGUCAAGAUCUAAGCAAACCCAGGGAGGACGUGACCCCUGAACAGGGCACUUUACUGCAAGACUUUGGGCUUGUCGUCAUUGAAGAGGAAGAUGAGGAAGACGAAGAGGGUGGAGUUACUGACUUGAGCUCUAUGACAUCCUGUUGCUAUCCGAAUCCUGGUUACAGAGGACAGACGCUACAGCUGCCAGAGCCUUUCUACAUGACAGACAGCACUUCAAAAGACAAUGACAUAGAAUCCACAUACAGAAAUGGCCUGUCCUUUGAAACAAGAGUCCUGGAGUGUGACAAAACGUCACUAUAGUCAACAAGAACUGACUGGUAGUGACAAAUAAACAAGCCUAAACAAACCUCCUCUA